AUGUAUGAGAAACAACCCAAGUUCAACACUCAUUCAUCUUACUCUUUCCCAUCACCCACAUCCUUCAACCAUUUCCGAAACCGAUUCAACUGCCUCCGAAACCUGUCACCGAUAUCUGUCUUCAUCAGACUCGUCUUCAAACCCAUCCUCGCCAUGGUCAUCGUCAUGGGCGUCGCGGUCUUCCUCUUCUGGCUCAUCGUCCACCCUAACGAGGUCAAGUUUCACGUGACUGAUGCAUCCCUCACCCAAUUCAACUACACCGUGGACACCCUCCACUACGACCUGGCUCUCGAAAUCAGCGUCCGCAACCCUAACAAGAGGAUUGGUGUCUACUACGACAACUUUAGAGUCUGGGCAUUGUGCCAGGACGCACGGUUCGACUCGGAGAUCGUGCAACCGUUCUAUCAGGGACACAAGACCACCAACAUGUUGAACCCUGUCUUCAAGGGUCAGCAGGUGAUAGCCCUUGGUGUUGACCAGAUUUCGGAACUAAAUAGGGAGAAGAGCUUGAAGGUUUACGAGAUCGAUGUGAAGUUGUAUUUGUGGGUGAGGUACGAGAUGGGAACGUUUAAGACCACCUCGACCGCGUCGUGGGUUAGCUGUCACUUGCACGUUCCAUUAACUUCACGAGAUGGAAACUCGCCGGCCGCCGGUGGCUUUGAGACUACCAAAUGCAAUUGGGAUCAUGGAUGGAUUGCCAGUUUCUAUCACACAAUUCCUUCUAAUGUGCACAGUGGAGGGUGUCUACGGUGGUGUAGUUGA